AUGCUGAGCCAGGUGGGGAGCAGCCGGACCCUGCGCGCCGUCUGCAGCGUCCUGGAGCAGUGGUCGAAGGCCGUGAACACCUACCUGGGCGCCUGGGAGCAAUGCAGCUUCCCGCGCAUGGGGCAGGCCCAGUUCUGCAGCAGCGUUUCCCCGCUCUUCCACCAUGUGGUGGGGAGCUGGCUGGGCUGCGAGGAGGAGGAGGCCAAGCAGGCUGUCCUGGGGGCGAUGGCUGCCAUGAUGGGCCUCCUUGUGCGCGAGGAAGAGCACCACGAGUGCAUGUGGGAGCAGCUCCCCUGGCUCCUGGGGCAGUACCAGCAGGUCCAGGACACUUUCCGGGUGACCAAGGCUCUGAGUUAUUUUCUGGAGAUUUUGGGGGAAGUGCAGAUCCCCAUCCCCCAGGACGAGGUCCAGGCCAUUGGCACCGCUGUGCACCACCAGCUCAGUGAUGGGAGCAAGCAGCACAGCGGGGAGCACUGGUCGGAGCUGUCCUCCUGCGUCCUGCUGCUGGCCCGAGUUUGCCCUGAGGACACGGUGGCCUUUCUGCGCUCACAGCUGGGGAGUGGGAGCGAGGCCACUCACGUGGUGUCCUUGGAUCUGCUCAGAGCCCUGGUGCGCCCCACAGCAGCAGAGAGAGGCCAGAGCCUGCCCCUGCUCGUGCAGGCGGUGCGCUGUGCGCUGGGAGACUCCAGCAGGAAGGUGAGCUGGUGGCGAGGGCAGUUCUGCGCUUCACCAAGGAGCUGCUCGGCCUGGGAUCUGGUGGCCCACGUCUUCGCCACGUUCAGCCAGGCCUCCGGCAGACUGGCGCAGAGAAAGCUGUCUCAAGCAGAAGCGCAGGAAGCAGCAGAUCUUCAAGCCCUGUGCUUGGACAUCCUGCGCUCUCUGGAUGUCUCCGUCCGGGGGAUGACCAAACUCCUGUGGCCGCGGCUCCUGCAGUACGUGGUGCCAGCCCAGUACACCGGCACGUUGGUGCCGCUCUGCCGGUGCCUGCGAGAGCUGGCCGAGAGCCGGGGGAGAGCAGGGGGCGAGGACGGAGAGGAGGAGCCCGAUGUCGUGGCCUCCCGGGAGCGAGCCAAGCUGCCGAGGCCGCAGGCCCUGCUGGCUCGCCUGCUGGUGGUUGCGGCGUCUCCUCACGCCGGCAGCGGCUGCGGCGUCGCUGCCCUGCAGCUGCUGCAGGCCCUGUCCACAGAGAUCCACAGCGCCGUGGGGAUGGUGUGAGCUGUGAAGAUCCCCUUCCUGCUGCAGUGCCUGGAAGGGCAAAGCGAGAGCUGCCUGGACUCUGCCGAGUGGGAGCAGCUCCUGCUUAAGUUCCUGAGGACAUCGCUGGAGACGAUCGAGAGCCAGGCCUGGACCAUGGGCCUGAGCGUGGAGCUCAGCCAGCAGACGGGCAGCUACCCCUGGCUGUCCCGGAAGCAGGCCUUCCUGUAUAAAGCUGUCGGGGUGUCCCUGGCAGCGUGUCAGCAUGUCCCCUAUGUCCGCGGGGAAAUGAAGAAGCAUCUCUCAAGGACAAAUUACUUGGAAGCGUCUGAGAGAGAGGCAAUGAUUUCUGUUUUGGCCGGUUCUGCCGAGAGCCACUUCCACCUUGCCUUGGAGGUGGUGCAGGAGUUUGGGGCGUCCAUGGAGGAAAGACCAGUGUCUGGGGCUUUCAAACGCCUGAAGGAAUACCACCAGGGGAAGAGAGCGGGGAGGCACAUGGCCCUCGUGCUGGCCUACGGCCAGAUCGCGCUCUGCGCCCCCCCGGAGCAGCUCCUGGCCCGCGUGGAGAGCGACGUCGUGGGGCGCAUCCUGCAGCACUACCGCGCCAGCUGCCAGGUGCUGGGCUUCUCCUUCUCCACCAAGGUAAGUCCUGCCCCCCGGGGCCUUGCUCGCUGCCCUUCCCACACCCCUUUCCCCACGCAGGCGUGCCGGACUCGCCCUCCCGCUCCCCAGGCCGGGGGCCGGGGGUCUCCUUGCGGUAGGUAGCCGGGAAA